AUGGAAGGAGUGUCCGAAGGUCUGAUCAUCGGAAUCACGGUUGGGGUGGUGAUAGGUGUGCUGCUGGCUCUUGGGAUACUGCUGUGCUUGAGGUAUCGGCGUUCCCAGACGCAGAUAAGGAGUAGCAGCUCGAGGAGGGCAUCGACAGUCCCCAUCCGUACCAAUGGUGUUAAUACUUGUGCCAUGCUCUCAAACUCGACUACAGGGCAGGAGUCCCCGAGGGAGCUUGAAGACCGUGCGAGUUCUCUGUGGAUCGAAGGGCCUGGUAGAAAGAGCAUGAUUUCAGCUUCUGGUAUACCCAAAUAUGCAUACAAGGAACUACAGAAAGCUACCAGCAAUUUCACAACAUUAUUAGGUCAAGGAGCCUUCGGUCCUGUUUACAGAGCAGAAAUGUCUUCUGGUGAGAUAUUGGCUGUUAAAGUGCUUUCGAACAAUUCAAAGCAAGGUGAAAAGGAGUUUCAAAAUGAGGUCUUACUUCUUGGGCGAUUACACCACAGGAAUCUGGUGAAUUUGGUUGGCUAUUGUGCUGACAAAGGGCAACAUAUGUUAUUGUAUGCAUACAUGCCUAAUGGGAGCCUUGCAUCACACUUAUAUGGUGAAAACAGUGCACCACUGAAGUGGGAUUUAAGAGUGAACAUUGCUCUGGAUGUUGCUAGGGGUUUGGAGUACUUGCAUGAUGGGGCUGUUCCUCCAGUAGUCCACCGUGACAUCAAAUCUCCUAACAUUUUGCUGGACCAGGCAAUGCAUGCUAGGGUUGCUGACUUUGGAUUAUCUAGAGAGGAAAUGGUUACUCGCAAUGGAGCCAAUAUACGAGGAACUUAUGGAUAUCUUGAUCCAGAGUAUGUAUCCACACGAUCAUUCACAAAGAAGAGUGACGUGUACAGCUACGGUGUUUUGCUAUUCGAACUGAUUGCUGGCAGAAACCCACAACAGGGUCUAAUGGAAUAUGUUGAGCUUGCUGCAAUCAACGCUGAUGGGAAAACUGGGUGGGAAGAAAUUGCAGAUUCUCGGUUAGAAGGCGCAUUUGACGUGGAGGAGCUCAAUGACAUGUCUGCUGUUGCCUACAGAUGCGUAAGCCGUGUGUCCCGCAAGCGCCCAGCAAUGCGAGAUGUCGUCCAGGCUCUGACCCGUGUGUUGAAGCACAGCCGCAGCAGGAAGCAUCACAGCAACAGGCAUCCACAGGCAAGGGCAGAUGAUGAAUCUGUGGACCUGGAGGGGUCCGAGGUUCAGUCGUCCUUCUCUGGUCUUCAGAGAGAGGAGUCAGUUGGCAGCGUUUCGGAGCUGCCAGAUGUCUGA